AUGACACACCUAUUCUCACCCAUCCAAGUGGGAGCUUCGCAACUCUCGAACCGUGUUGUUCUUGCUCCCCUGACUCGAAUUCGAGCUGAGAAGCAUGUGCCUUCUGAUCUCGCAGUGGAGUACUACACCCAGCGAGCUUCCAGCAGUGGCACCCUGCUGAUUUCAGAAGCCACAUACAUCCAUCCUUCGUGUGCGGGACACAAGAACCGCCCUGGCCUCGUUCCUGGGGUGUGGAGUGACGAUGCUGUUUUGACUGGAUGGAAAAGAGUGAUUGAAGGGGUUCAUUCCAAGGGAUCCAAGAUGUACAUUCAAUUAUGGGACCUGGGUCGAGUAGCCGACUAUGAGACCCUUCAGGAUAUUGGGGGGUAUGACUUGGUGGGUCCCUCAGCUAUUGCUCAAGAGGGGGAUGACGAAGGAAGCAAACACAUUCGCGCCUUGAGUGUUUCUGAAAUCAAACAAAAAGUCAGGUAUUUCGUCGAGGCCGCUAAGAAUGCUAUUGCCGCUGGAGCUGACGGAGUGGAGAUUCAUUCUGCUAACGGAUACCUCCCCGAUCAGUUUUUGCACUGGAACUCCAAUCACAGAACAGACGAGUAUGGAGGCAGCGUCGAGAAUCGUGCACGGUUUUUAUUGGAGAUUGUGGAUGCCGUGGCUGAUUCUGUUGGUGCUGACAGAGUAGGUGUAAGAUUCUCUCCUUGGACCACUUACCAGGAUAUGGAUGUUGAUGAAGACAAGACACUGCCUCAGUACAAGUACCUGUUUGAGCAGCUGGAGAAGAGAGCUGUUGAAGAUGAGACUAAACGGUUGUCUUAUAUCCAUGUGGUUGAACCUCGAGUUGAUGGAGUGAACGAUGUGACUACCAAGUCGUGGCAGUCCAACGAGCCCUUCAGAAAGAUCUGGACAGGAAAUCUCAUCAGAGCUGGAGGAUUCAAGAGACAGAGUGCCAUUGAGGUUGCUCAACAGGACAACAAGACUCUGGUUGCGUUUGGACGGUAUUUUAUUUCCAAUCCUGAUCUGGUGAAGAGGUUGGAAGAGGAUAAGGCGCUGACUCAAUAUGACAGAGCUACCUUCUAUCUUCCUGGAGCUCAAGGAUAUACGGACUAUUCGUUCUAUGACGAGACAGAGUGA